AUGAGUUUGUUUAAUCUUGACCGUUUUCGAUUUGAAAAGAAGGCUACAACUGAGGAAGAAGAUGCUCCUUCUUCCAGCCUUCCCACAAGUGAGGAGGUGGAUGCUACUUCUGCUUCUUUAGAUGAUGUUAAUGAAGAUACUCCACUUCCUUCUGCUGUAGAAGACAAUGAUGUUACUGCCAGUAGGGAAGACGAUGAUGUUACUGAUCACAGUAGCAGGCCAGGCACUCCAGCAUCUGAUGUGUCAGAGAAAACUGAUGACUCCAGUGUUCCUGAAACCCCUGAAGCAAAGAGGACAACAAAACUGUCUCAUUUUAAGUAUCGUAAAGAUGUCAUUGAAUUGUCAUCAGACAGUGAAGAGGAGGAAUCACCCAAACACUCCAGUGAAAAGCAAUUCCCUGCUCCCAAGAAGGAUGUGAUUGUAAUCUCUGAGCCUUCUGAUACUGAACAAUCUGACGGUGAGCCAUCAAAAUGUAUAAAAAGAAAUGGUCCAUCUCAGUCUUCAAAGGCACUGGAGGAAGAAGAUGAAGAGGAAGAUCUGAAUUACUGUAAACUUCAGACACUAAAGGAACUUUUCCCACAAAUAAGUGACCAAGAGCUGUUACAACUUAUAGAAUCGAAUGAUACCAUGGAUGGAGCAAUAGCUGCUGGCCUUAAGUUGUCUGAAGAAGGUGGAUCUAGAAAGAGGAAACUUGAAGAAAGUGCCAGGGAUGAUGCUGCAGAAAUUGAAGACCAAAGUAUAAAAAAGAAAAAACUGGAUCCUUUGGAAAGUCCUGAGAACCAGUGGGAAAGGCGUGAGGACUUGGUUACCAAACUGCACAAUGAAUUUCCCAGCUUGAAUAAAGAGGAGCUGAGAGAUGUGCUUCGGGAACACAACUGGAUAUUUCGGGAAGCUCUGGAUUCGUUAAAAGUAUUUAUGGAAGAUCAAGAGGAUACACAGUAUCCUUCCAAAAGUGAAGUUUCAAACGGAAAGGGAGUCCCAACAAUUAACACUAACCAUCAACAAAACGACGCCGACGUCAAGCUCAAACAGAAACCUUCCACAAAAUCUCAGAAUGGUUUCAGGAAAAAAGAUAAAAAGAAAAAAAUCUGGACUACUAAAAAGGACUCACAAGACUCAGAAUAUGAAUCAGCCUCAGAAGCUGGGAGCUCCCUCGAUGAGGACUACGGCGGUGGGGAAGAAGUGAUGGAAGAUGGUUACAAAACUAAAAUACUUAGUUUCUUUCAAGAGGCUUCCCUGGGCGAACUCACUUUGAUCCCACAGUGUUCCCAAAAAAAGGCUCAAAGGAUAAUAGAGCUCCGUCCCUUUAAUAGUUGGGAAGCUCUGAUUCAGAGCAUGGAGCUCAAGCCAUAUCAGAAGAUUGGCUUGAAUUGGCUAGCACUGUUACAUAAACAUUCACUGAAUGGUAUUCUAGCUGAUGAAAUGGGUUUAGGAAAAACUAUUCAAGCAAUUGCAUUCCUUGCAUACCUUUACCUAGAGGGUGAUAUAGGCCCACAUUUGAUUGUAGUGCCAGCAUCAACAAUUGAUAACUGGGUACGAGAAAUUAAUCUGUGGUGUCCUGAUCUCCAAAUCUUAUUUUAUUAUGGUUCUCAAGAUGAUAGAAAGCACCUCCGAAUGGAUAUCCAUAACAAAGUUGUCGAUUUUAAUGUGAUGGUAACAACGUACAACAGUGCAGUCAGCAGUCCAGAAGACCGUAGUCUGUUUCGGCGGAUGAAACUUCAUUAUGCAAUCUUCGAUGAAGGUCAUAUGUUAAAAAACAUGGGUUCCGUACGCUAUCAGCAUCUGAUGACGAUUAAUGCAAAGCAUCGUUUGCUGCUGACAGGAACUCCAGUUCAAAACAAUCUUCUAGAACUUAUGUCACUCCUGAAUUUUGUCAUGCCACAUAUGUUCAGUAGUAGCACCAGUGAAAUUAGGCGGAUGUUCUCUUCUAAACCAAAAGCGGCUGAGGAACAUAGU